UAUGAAAGUUAAAUUUAACGAAAAUAUCAAAGAGAUAUCACCCGAAAUAAUUAAUUUAAAGGAACUGCUAAUAAACAAGUCACCUAAUAUCAAUAUUUUACAUGAUAUUUCUUCCAAAUAUUAUUAUGAUUUCAAGGAUGACAUUAUCAAUAAUAAUUGUUUUAACCAUAAAUUGAAUUUAGGGACAUUUGAUGUAAAUAAAGAAAUUACCUAUGAGUCUGUAACAAAUAGAUUAGAAAAAUUAUCAGAGUGUCUAAAUAUUCUUAUAAGUGAAGAUUCAAUACUUCAUUAUUAUCUUAAAGAGGAUAGCUAUUGUAAUAUAGACUUAAACCCAAAAAUAUCAAAGGAAGAAAAAAAUAAAAACAAACAUGCUAAAGAUCAAGCAAUAAUACUUAACAUUUUGGAAUAUUGCAAUUAUAUUGUCAAAAUAUUUGAUUUUAUAGCAUGCCCUAUACAGAGCACUGCUACAUCUAAUUUAAGUGCCAAAAUAUUCAAAUUGUUGACUCAAAUUUUAACUAAUAAUGAUGAAGAAUGUAAUUGUAUGUUAGAUGAAACAAUAGUUGCAAAUACUCUUAAUAAAUUGCAGGAAAUCAUUGAAGAAAUGCAUGAGUUAUUUCAGAAAAUUUUAUUGGAUUGCCUCAAUUUUGCAGUGGUACAAAAUAAAUCAGCUAUUUCUACAUUUAUAGAAGGUAUAGAAAGAGAAAAUUUUUGCUCUCAUUAUGACAUCGAAUGGAAGGAUGGCAAAAUUAUUGGAAUUGAGAAGCUAGUCGAAUCAUUACCUCUAACUGUGCAAUGCUUUUCUAAAUCAUCUCAAACCCUUCCUUUUCAAUCAUCUAACGAGAAGACGCCCAUUCAAACCAGCACUAAGCUGCCUUAUAGAGAGUUUAUGGCGGAUUAUUUUUUAACGCUGAUUUGCGCGACAUCCCUUGAGUAUAAAUUGCCCGAGACCUUGGAAUUUAUGGAUGGCCCAUGUUUUAAGAAAAUAUCUUGCGCAUUCAAAAUGCUAACCUUACUAUACCAUCUUCAACUAAAGAACGUGGCCUUGCCAAGCGUUGAAAAAGUUAAUUGUCUACUUGAAAGUAUUGAACGAGAUAUAGGCACCAUUUUAAAUCGUGGCGAAUCAAAGGAUCACAACAUCAAAGAAGAAGAAUUUCGAUUCAUUUAUGAAGAACUGAUCACUUGCAUCAAUGACGCGCACAUUCCUCCUAUAGAUGGAAGCCAUCACAUAACUGAGUUCCUUUCAAUUAAAUCUUCGUUGGAAAAGGAUUUAUCAGAGAAAAUAAAAAAAUACGAUCCGAAUGGUUUUGAUGCAGAUAAAGUUACGGAUAACACAUUCGAGGACAUAUUUUACGAAUUCUGUGCUAAUUUUUUGGCCAUGAAAUCUCAUCACAUGAAUGUAUUUCAUCCCGUCUAUUACGCUAUUUAUAAAUCGACAUAGAAGAUUUAAUUGUGUUUCAACAUAAAUUUAUAUUUUCACUACAAUAAAGGAAUGCGAAUUUCUAAUAUUUUGUGGGAUUUUUAAAUAUAAUUUUAUAAAGUUUUAAUCAUCCG